AUGGCAACAAACUGGAUCAUAUUUUUGCUGCUCUUCUUAUCUGCUACUGUGUUUUUUGCCGCUGCUAUCCCAUCCGAAGGGCAUCAGAAUUUGACAGAGGACUUCGCUCAACUGAGUGUUACACGGAAUAAAAUUAUGACCGCACAGUAUGAAUGCUACCAGAAAAUUAUGCAGGAUCCUAUCCAUAGGAAAGAAGGUCCUUACUGUAACAGGACGUGGGAUGGGUGGCUGUGCUGGAGCGACGUUGCUGCAGGAACAGUGUCAGUGCAGCGGUGUCCCGACUACUUCCAGGAUUUCAACCCCUCAGAAAAAGUUACAAAGAUCUGUGACCCAAGUGGGAAUUGGUUUAGACACCCAGAAAGCAACAGGACAUGGACAAACUACACGCAGUGCAAUAUCUAUACGCACGAGAAAGUGAAGACUGCUCUGAAUUUGUAUUACCUGGCCAUCAUUGGACAUGGUCUUUCAAUUGCAUCACUUCUGAUUUCCCUUGGCAUAUUCUUUUAUUUUAAGAGCUUGAGUUGCCAAAGGAUUACCCUGCAUAAAAAUCUAUUUUUCUCUUUUGUUUGCAAUUCUGUUGUAACGAUAAUUUCACUGACUGCAGUUGCCAACAACCAGGAGUUAGUUGCAACUAAUCCAGUUAGUUGCAAAGUGUCCCAGUUCAUCUACCUGUAUCUAAUGGGCUGCAAUUACUUUUGGAUGCUGUGUGAAGGCAUUUACCUGCAUACUCUUAUUGUGGUGGCAGUUUUUGCUGAGAAACAACACUUGCUGUGGUAUUACCUGCUUGGCUGGGGUUUUCCACUGAUCCCUGCAUGCAUACAUGCUGUUGCAAGAAGUUUAUAUUACAAUGACAAUUGCUGGAUCAGCUCUGAUACUCAUCUGCUGUACAUCAUCCAUGGUCCUAUUUGUGCUGCUUUACUGGUAAGCAUUUUUCAGAUCAUUUGUUUUUCUUUCUUGUUUCCUGACUCUUCAUGA